AUGCCUUUGGGCCAAGAUGUCGUUGAAAAGGUGAAAGCCUACAUCAAGCAGGCUGAGGACGGUGGGCAUGUAGCCGCUAUCUCCAAUUUGUUCACUUACCUGAAGUCCCGCAAUUUGAUGUACACCCAGAGAGUGAUCCCUUCUUUGGUGCACAUUCACCCUGACAAUCGGGAUGGACUAGGUUGCUAUCCCACAGAGGUCCAUGGACUAUUGACUGACAUUGGCAGUAGUGGUUGGUCAUGGUCCGAAGUGAAGGCUAUAGCAACUGAAGUCCCGCAUGGUGACACUAAAGUACAAGAGUUCAACCAGAAAUUGAUCCAGUCUUCACACGGCAUGCUUCCAGAGGUGCAACCAGGGACUGUGAAAUUUGCAAGCCUCAGCGCCACCCACACCAACUUGGUGUUGCGCUUGUUUGCAGCUGAAUGCAAACACAGUGAUGAAAGAUUCUGCACCUCUGGGCAUUUGAGCAUGGAAAAACUCCAGCGCCAUGACUGCAACUUCCAUGAUGCAGUGACGCAUGGACUUUCAUGGGACAUUUUGUCAUCAGAGAUUUUGGGUUCAUUUCCAGAGCUAGCUUCCCUUAUCCAGCUCACGGCCAACACAUCCGGGCAAUUGCAAAGAAAAGAGACAGAACUCCAGCUAGCCAAGAGGGCUUAUGCAUGCUGGGAGAAAAAAUCCAAGCAGAACCCCCAGGUGAAGUUUGAAGACGUGAAAGCCGAUCUACUUAGGAGCAAGCCGGCAUGCCAGGAAUCACUGGCCAAUCUCUUUCGGUUCGUCAUGCAGUAUGGACAUGCGCCACCAUUUCUUCGAACCCGGCAUGCGUGCAUUCAGUAUGCACUGCAUGGGGGGCACAUUUCCCCCGGUGAGAUCAAGAAACUUUUCAAUUCCCAGCAGGAUCGGAUCAAAAUGACUGAAACAAUCAUGAAUAAAUUGAGAGAUUACACCAAUGCAAAUCCCAUUGGCAGCGAGAAUUGGGAGCAUGUGCAUCAGUUUGACCGUGAUGCCAUCAAACUUCUUCUCCAACAGAACCCCAGUGAGUCUGUGGAGAGCCGGGCAUGCAUGCUGGUUGACCAGAUCCAGGAGAGAUCGGGAGUGAAGCUUACGGAUGAAUUUGAUUCUUACCGUUUGCAGUCGGCCGAUACGGCCCCAUCAUCCUCCAGCAAGGGUUCUUCGUCGCAAGGGGAUGGCAUGGAUGGAAUUCUAGCCAAAAUCAAAGCUUUUGAGGAUGGCUCCUCCAAGGUUCUCCUGUCUGUGAAUGAUGCCAAAGGUGGAUCCAAGGUUGUGAAGGUGGACGCUUCCAGCUUCUUGAAAGGCCAGUGGACGAAGUACCAGCCCAAGGCCUUGCCACAGUACUUGGAGAACUGGUGGAAGCCAAGUUGUGUGGAGCACAAAGACUGCAUAGUCUCCUACGUGAAGGGGAAGGUGGCAGUGGAGUUGAGGGCAGCUACCAUGAACAGUGGUAGCUGUAGCUGCGCUCCACAUGGGCUUCUGAUUCGAAGCAAGCCAGGCAAAGGUGUCGUUUGUGCCCUGAAGAUUGGCAAGGGACAGCUGAAAUUGUUUCCCUUCACCAACCGGGUUGACACCGGUAAGGGGGGCGAUGGGUCAGUUCUGGUGACAAAGGUGGGUGACAUGGAGUUCCACCUGCGCCAGAGCACUGGCAUCACUGUGCCAUUCUGGCACGUGGCUUCGGUUGCCGAUGCAGCCAUGGCCAACAUGGAGAUUGUCAACAUGCCUGCCAAGAAGCAUGAUGGGUUGCUGGAGAGCAUCAAGAUUCCCUAUAUGCGGAACAUUGCACCUUUGGAACCCGACACCGAGCUGUUCAUCUACAAGCCUCCCAGCAAGGCGCGUGUCAACCCUGACUCCUUGGACGAGCUGAUGCCGGCCAAACGACUUCGUGCCAAGGAGAAUCUUUGCUAG